AUGCCGUCGCCAUUGGCAGAUCCCGUUAAGCUGCCAUGUGGCUUGGUCUUGCCUAACAGGCUGUCCAAGGCUGCUAUGGCUGAGUUGAUGUCCAAAUCUAACCAGCCUAACGACACACUCCUCGACGCCUACGAGAAAUGGUCUCAAGGUGGUUGGGGCAGCAUUCUAACCGGAAACGUCCAAGUAGACGUCAACCACAUGGGCUCCCCCUUCGACCCAGCCCUGCACACCGAAUACACCGGCACCGACACCACCCUCCUCUCCACCUGGAAGAAAUACGCCUCCGCCUGCCAAAAGCACGGCACCCCGGCCAUCGUGCAGAUCUGCCACCCAGGCCGCCAAUCGUUCCGGGUUGCUGGUAAGCGGGGCAUGUUCGCGCCGACGAUUGCGCCCAGCGCGGUCCCGAUUAAUAUCGGUGAUGGUCUGAUGGAGAAGGUUAUUGCUUGUGUGACGUGGAGUAACCCCCGGGAGAUGACGAGGGGGGAUAUCGAGAGGGUGAUUCGGCAGUUUGUGGAUACGGCAAGGCUGAUGGCUGAUGCGGGCUUUUCCGGGGUUGAGUUGCAUGGUGCGCAUGGGUAUCUUCUCGAUCAAUUCUUGAACAGCAAGACAAACCACCGCACCGACGAAUACGGCGGCACCCCCGAAAAACGCGCCCGCUUCGUCCUCGACAUCCUCACCGAAAUCCGCAAAGCCGUCCCCCCAACCUUCGCCAUCGGCAUAAAACUCAACUCAGCCGACCACAGCUCCUCCACCUUCGAAGAAACAAUGACCCAAAUCGCCCUCCUGGUCUCUGCCGGUCUCGACUUCCUCGAAAUCAGCGGCGGCACCUAUGAAGACCCGCAAAUGAUGGGCUACCCCAACACCUCCCCGCAAGCGCAGGGCACCGCCAAGUCCGCCCGCACCGCAGCCCGCGAGGCGUUCUUCCUCGAAUUCGCUCAUACCGUGCGCGAGAGACAUCCUCAGCUGGUGCUGAUGUUGACGGGAGGAUUUAGGACGAGAGCUGGUGCGGAGGCGGCUAUUAAUGAUGGCGCGUGUGAUUUGGUGGGUAUUGGCCGGCCGGCGGCUGUUGAUCCCAAAUUUCCGUUGCUUUUGUUGGAUGAGGAGGUUCCGGAUGAGAAGGCGGUGCUUUUGUUGGAGAAGGCGCCUGUGCCGUGGUAUGCGAAGUGGCUGCCGAGGAAUUUGAUUGGGGCUGGAGCUGAGAGUACGUAUUAUGCUGGUCAGAUUCAGCGGUUGGCCAAGGGAUUGGCAACUUAUGCGCCUGCUCUUUGA